ACAAGCUUUCUACAACCUUAAUGGUUUAAUUUUAAUAUCAGUCGACUCAGUCGACGUCGUACCAUUUGUGAUUCAUGUUCUAGUCUUAAAUAAAAAUUAAUAGUAAAAAAUUAGAUUCUUUUCGAUACAGCAAUAAUAAUUUUAUUCAUUCCACCGACUUUUUUUGUAUUUUGAUAUUUCAUUCUAGUAAAAGGAAUUUUGACUAUAUGUAAUUUCACCGCCAUUCACUUGUUGCGAUAAUGGAUUUUCAUACUUUACUCUACCAGGCGCAAAAAAACAACACAAGAGACAAAGAAGUUAAAUAUUUCAAAGCAUCAUUGGAUCCACCAAAAAAAGAAACAAAAGAAAGUAGGCAAUUGUCUGAUAGUAUAAAGAGGUUUUUAGCAAAAAAAGAUGAAGAAGAUAGACUCAAACAAAUAGAAGAACAGAAGAAAAAAGAUGAAUUGAUAUUGUUGCGUAGUCAAGAUAGAAAAUCAUUCAAAAGGGUUCAGUCUAUGUUAAACCGAACAAAGUCAGCAAAUAAAUCAGUUAUCGAAGAUGCUAAAGAUGAUGUUAAUACAUCUGUUACCAUGGCUGGAUUUAAUCAACCAGACGAGGAUGACUAUGGAUAUGUUUCUAAAGAUGCCAUGGCCAUCUAUAACAAUAUCAUGAACAAAUAUGUGAAUACUCCAGCUGAUACAAGAAAUGUAAAAACUGCUAAUCACAGAAGUCACGACAUUUCUGGUACUAAAGAUCGUGUUAGAGCAGCGUUGUUGAAAGAAGAAGAAGAUCAAUUACUGCCACAUAAAAGAAAAAGAAAACCUAAGGACGUAGAGAAUGGUGAAGAUUAUCAAGAAAGUGUUGAACCACAGCAAAAAAAAUCCAAAUCUGAUAGUAAUACAGAGAAAAUUAAAAAACGACCAGCACAACCUCCGCCAUUAAAUUUUCAAGAAUUACUUAAAAUUGCUGAAAAAAAACAAUUUGAACCUAUAAUUAUUGAAAAACCUAAAAAGGAAGAACCUUUACCUAUGAUGACUAAGAAAGAAAGACAAAAAUAUUUAGAAGAAAAGAGAAUUGAAGAAAUAAGACAAGCUCGGCGACAAGGCAAGUGCUUACCUAUUACUGAUAAACCCAAAGAAAUUAAACCAACUGAAAGAAUUCAAAAAUCCUCUGCUUCUUCUUCAAAAGUGGAUUUGCAAGCAGAAGAUAAACUGAAAAAGAAUGCUUCUGUUUGGUCUAAAGAUUUAAAAAUCAGUAAAGAGCUAAAUAAUAAUAGUAAAAAUGAUAAAUAUGUACCUAGGCCAUUAAAUAAUUCUGAAAGUUCACGAAUGAACUCGAAUGGGAAUAAAACCACAUCUAAAAGUUCAUUAGAACAAAAUAUGUUGAACGAAAAGAGGUAUAGUUCUAACGAUGAACGUUAUUCACCAAAACCAAGAUCAAUCAAUGAUCAAUAUAUACCCAAAACUAAAAAUUCUAUUGAAAAUAAUUUUUCGCCAAAACCUAGAGGUAUCACAAACAAUGAUAGAUAUGUAUCUCAAUCUAGAAGUUCAUCAUCUGACAAGUAUUCACCAAAACCCAAGAGUUCAAUGGCAUCUGAUAAAUAUGUUUCAAAACCAACCGCUGCUGAUAAAUAUGUGCCUAAAUCUAGAAGUCCGCCAUCUGAGAAGUAUUCUCAAAAACCCAAAAGUGUAAUGCCUUCGAAUAAAUAUAUAUCAAAGUCAACUCCUACUGAAAGAUAUAUGCCUAAAUCAAGAAGCCCACCAUCUGAUAAAUAUUCUCCAAAACCUAAAAGUUUAAUACCUUCUGAUAAAAAUUCCUCAAAACCAACACUCAUUGAAAGAUAUGUGCCUAAACCAAAAUUCUCAACGGAUGAGAAAUAUUCAUCGAAAGUUAAAAGUACUGUACAACCAGAAAGAUAUGUGCCCAAGGUAAAAAGCUCAUCUUCCACAGAACAGUAUAUACCUAGUGCAGUUAAGAAUUCUACUGAAAAAUAUAGUCCUAGACCAAUGUCAUCUCAAAGCGUGAAAUCAAAACCUACCAGUUCAAAUGAUAGAUAUGUCCCAAUGCCAGUAGAUAAAUCUAAAAAGUUACAGACUGGUAAUAAUAUUAAACCUAGACAACCACCACCUAAGGAAAUGGCAUCCAAACAAUUUCCUCCCAGAGAUAUGAAACCUAAGCAGUUUCCACCCAGAGACAUGGUACCUAAGCAGUUCCCACCUAGAGAUAUGGUCCCUAAACAAUUUCCACCUCCUGAUAUGAGAAGGCGAAAUGAUCAGCAUAUGCCGAUGCGCAACAAACGUCAAGUCAUUGAAUCAGAUUCAGAUGAGUAUGAUUCUGAAUUGGAUGAUUUUAUUGACGAUGGACCUGAAGAUGAUGCUGAUUAUUCCAAAGUUAUUUCAGAAAUUUUCAAAUAUGACAAAUCAAAAUAUAGAGGAAUGGAUGAAGAUGAUGAAUGCAUGGAAUCUGAUUACCGAACUCUUCAAAAAGAAGAGUAUAAAAGUACUAGAGCUGGGCUUUUGGAAGAUUUAGCAGAUAUCCGAAGAGAAAAACAAAUGAUGAAAAGAAGAAAAAAACUUUAAUUUUGGAAUCAUUUGUAAUUUUGAUAUGUAUAUUUUUGUUACCUUAAUUUGUAUAAUCUUGUUUUUUUAAGGUUUACUAACUUUUACAAAGACAUAUUUUUGGUAUAAUUAUGAAUAUAGUGUAUCUUGUUAUUCAUUCAAAUUAUUUUGCUUAAGCUACAACAAAAUUACUUACAAAAAAUGUAUUUAUUAG